AUACAAACAAACAAACAAACGUUCGAGAGUUUUGGCAAUUUAAAAGCUAUAGUUAAAAAGUAAAAGCUGUCUAGAUUUCACCAAAGCUCAAGGGGAAAAGAAAAGCAUAGGGCAGUGAAGACACUACGAGAGAGGAAAAAGAAGGAGAAAAUGAAGGAGAGAGGCGGGAAAGGCGGAGGUCAGCCGUCGGUGAACGAGCGAUACUCACAGUGGAAGACUCUCGUCCCCAUUCUCUACGACUGGCUCGCCAACCACAACCUCCUUUGGCCCUCUCUUUCUUGCCGAUGGGGGCCACUACUCGAGCAAGCUACUUACAAGAAUCGCCAGAGACUCUACCUCUCAGAACAGACUGAUGGUAGUGUUCCAAAUACACUUGUGAUAGCAAAUUGUGAAAUUGUUAAACCAAGAGUUGCAGCUGCAGAACACAUAGCACAGUUCAAUGAAGAAGCAAGAUCUCCCUUUGUGAAGAAGUUUAAAACCAUUAUUCAUCCUGGAGAGGUAAACCGCAUCAGAGAGCUUCCUCAAAACAGCAAAAUAGUAGCAACACACACAGACAGCCCUGAUGUCCUAAUUUGGGAUGUUGAAGCUCAGCCCAAUCGCCAUGCUAUCCUUGGAGCCACAGAGUCGCGUCCUGAUCUGAUCUUGACUGGUCAUCAAGAGAAUGCAGAAUUUGCUCUUGCUAUGUGCCAAAGUGAACCCUUUGUGUUAUCUGGAGGUAAGGACAAGUCAGUUGUUUUGUGGAGUAUUCAAGAUCAUAUUUCCACAUUAGCAACAGAUUCAGGGGCAACAAAGUCUCCAGGAUCCAAUGGUGGUAAAAGCCCAAAGACUGAAGAUAAAGUCACUGAGAGCCCUAAAAUUAAAGCAAGGGGUAUCUUUCAAGGGCAUCAGGAUACUGUUGAGGAUGUACAAUUUUGCCCCUCUAGUGGACAAGAAUUUUGUAGUGUUGGUGAUGAUUCUUGUCUUAUCCUUUGGGAUGCAAGAACUGGAUCUUCUCCAGUUGUUAAGGUGGAAAAAGCUCACAAUGCUGAUCUCCACUGUGUUGAUUGGAACCCUAUUGAUGAAAAUUUCAUUUUAACUGGAUCUGCUGAUAACACUGUUCGUUUGUUUGAUCGUCGAAACCUUACUUCCAAUGGGAUUGGAUCACCUGUUCACAUUUUUACAAACCACAAUGCUGCUGUACUUUGUGUACAGUGGUCUCCUGACAAAUCAUCCAUCUUUGGAAGCUCAGCAGAAGAUGGUGUCUUGAACAUCUGGGAUCACAAUAAGGUUGGUGAACGUUCUGGUCCAGCCUCAAAGUUUGCACCUGGGUUAUUGUUCAGACACUCUGGACAUAGGGAUAAGGUGGUUGAUUUUCACUGGAACUCACAUGAUCCGUGGACAAUUGUAAGUGUGUCGGAUGAUGGUGAAAGCACAGGUGGUGGUGGAACUCUACAGAUAUGGAGGAUGAUUGAUUUGAUUCAUAGACCACAGGAAGAGAUUCAGAGCGCGUUUGAUAGGCACUUAAUUGUUCAGCAGCCUUCUAAUUUUUAA